UGUGACUUAUUUCUCACUUACCUCUUUCUGUGUUGUAUCUGUGUUGCCUGUGUUUUUCCUCCCUCACUUCACUUCAUAUUCUCUCUGUCUCACUCGGAGCUUCUUGCAACGAUGAACGCACCCAUCAUUGACCCGUUACAGGGAGAUUUCCCUGAAGUGAUAGAGGAGUAUUUGGAACAUGGGUGUAUGAAAUGUAUUGCCUUUAAUCGUCGUGGCACACUUCUUGCUGCUGGGUGCAAUGAUGGAAGUUGUGUUAUCUGGGAUUUUGAAACCCGGGGCAUUGCUAAAGAGCUACGAGAUGAUGAAUGUUCGUCUCCAAUAACCAGUGUCUGCUGGUCAAAGUGUGGUAAUCGAAUUCUUGUAUCUGCUGCUGACAAGUCAUUGUCACUCUGGGAUGUUAUGAGUGGUAAGAGGAUAACAAGAAUAGUUUUACAACAAACCCCUCUACAAGCUCGUCUUCAUCCGGGUUCCUCAAAACCAUCUCUUUGCUUGGCAUGUCCUCUCUCAUGUGCUCCAAUGAUCAUUGACUUGAACACAGGAAAUACAACUUCGCUUAAAGUUUCUACCUUGGAGGUAUCCGAUAAUGGACCAGCCCCUGGCUCACGUAACAGGUGCACUGAUGGAAUUACAUCCUUCUCACCAACUGCUGCAUGUUUUAGUAAGCAUGGCAACCUGGUUUAUGUGGGAAACUCAAAAGGGGAAAUUCUUGUUAUUAACCAUAUAGAUGGUGGUGAGGUGCGUGCCAUGGUUCCUAUCCCUGGUGGUUCUGUAGUGAAGAACAUUGUGUUCAGCAGGAAUGGACAGUAUCUUCUAACAAACUCAAAUGAUCGAAUAAUCAGGAUCUAUGAAAAUCUUCUACCUUUGAAGGAUGAAGUUAGAGCACUUGAUGACCUGAAUGAGAGCCUCAAUGAUCAGAAUGGUGUUGAGAAGUUGAAGGCUGUAGGAUCAAAAUGCCUAACUUUAUUCCGGGAGUUUCAAGAUUCGAUCACGAAGGUGCACUGGAAAGCACCCUGCUUCAGUGGUGAUGGUGAGUGGGUUGUUGGUGGUUCUGCCAGUAAAGGAGAACACAAGAUUUACAUUUGGGAUAGAGUUGGGCAUCUUGUUAAAAUCCUUGAAGGGCCUAAGGAAGCCCUUAUUGAUUUAGCAUGGCAUCCUGUACGUCCUAUUGUUGUAUCUGUUUCUUUGAAUGGCAUAGUUUAUAUCUGGGCCAAAGAUUACACCGAGAACUGGAGUGCAUUUGCUCCUGACUUCAAAGAGCUUGAGGAAAACGAGGAGUAUGUGGAGCGAGAAGAUGAAUUUGAUUUGAUUCCUGAGACUGAGAAGGUAAAAGCGUCUGAUGUUAACGAAGAUGACGAAGUUGACAUUGUAACGGUGGAGAAAGAUCCUGCUUUCAGUGACUCUGAUAUGUCUCAAGAAGAGUUGUGUUUUCUGCCAGCAACUCCCAGUUGUGAUGCUCCUGAACAGCAAGACAAGUUCAUAGAAAGUUCUUCAAAAUUGGUGGACAGUAAUAACUCUGGAUCCCCUCUUUCAGAAGAGGCGGGACCAAAUGAACAUACCAUGAAUCAUAACUCAAGUCCAGUUGAAGAUGAUGCUGGGGGAGCACGAAUCAAGAGAAAGAGGAAACCUUCAGAGAAGGUGUUGGAGUUGCAGGCAGAGAAAAUAAAGAAACCAUCAAAAUCUAGCAAAUCUUCAAAAUCCAAAAGUAAAUCUCUGGUUGAUGAGGAUGAUGGUAAUGGUUUUUAUGGUGAUGCAUUUUCUGAUGAGUAAUGGCUUGUAAAUUCUUGUACAUAAAAAAGCAUGUUUUACUAGAAUUUGUCUUUGUUUGUGUUUCACUUUUGUCAAUCUUCUCUCUCCAUCCCUGCCCUAAUUUUUGAAGUUGGCGUUGGUUUACUCUAGUAAAAAAUAACUGAUGCUAUUAUUAUUA